CAUCCGGCGAUUGUCUGUUUUUUUUGGGGUCAGGACAGCUACAUCUGACCGCAACCAAACAUUCAAUGAUGGACGAAUUCGAAGAUGGUGAUGCACCUCCUGCUGGAGAUCUAGCGCAGUGCAACACUUGUAAAAGAAUGUUCUUCCCUAAAGUCCUGGAUAAGCAUUCUAAAAUCUGCCAAAAGUCGGCGGCUAAAAAGAGGAAGACUUUUGACUCCAGCAGGCAAAGAGCGCAAGGAACAGACAUCCCCACCCUCAAACCCCUCAAACCAAAGGCAGAGCCCCCUAAGAAGCCAUCCAACUGGCGCAAGAAGCAUGAAGACUUCAUCGCAACAAUUCGGAAAAGCAGAGGCAAAAAAGAUGCCAAUGCAGACGAAACAACUUCGUUCAAAGAUGCGCCUUCUCUACAUAAUGAAGAUCUUGAACAGUGUCCUCAUUGCCAGCGGACGUUCAUCAAAAGUUCAGCUGAAAGACACAUAGCGUUCUGCAAGGAGCAGGCUGCCCGAUUGGCCAUCAAGAAACCUCCUACACGUACACAGUAUAAGUCUCCGGUUGUCAAGAAGGCCAACUCUACAGCGUCAGCCAUUCCAAUGGCCUCCACACGCCCACCACCUCAGAGAUCAGGCCUUGGCCAGACAACUGGAGUGUCUCUAAGUCAGACUUUGUCUGCAGCUUCAAAGAGGACAAACACUACUGGGCUCACAAGUCCUGGUUCUGGUUUGGGAAUGAAAAACCGAGCAGUGGGUUCCGGAUAUGGUUCUUUGAGGAACCCAGCGGCUGUAAGAGGGCCGCUCAACAAGAACAAACAAGAAAACUCUUGCAUAACGAGAGAUGGUGUCGAUGGUGGGGACAAUGUUGGCAAUGGCAAACUAGAGAGCAAGUUUUGUCACUCCUGUGGGACCAGGUACCCCAUAGAAUCUGCAAAAUUCUGCUGCGAGUGCGGCAUCAGGAGGAUGUGUAUCUGACCAAGAAAGACUACAUUUGACGUCAACUCUGUUUGUUUUCACCUGUCCAUUUGAAAACCACAAGUUUGUGUUGGCAAUUAACAAAAUUGUAUUUACUGGAGCCUCAUUAUAUCAAGAGAAACUCCAUGGUACACAAAUACUGAGCAAACCGCCCCCUUUAAGAAAGUCCUGUUUACAAAGUCUUCCAUGAGAGAACUGUUCCAAUAGUAUGAUCAUUUAAACCUCAUAUAGCCUUAUAAAACUAGUUCUGUUAGUGGAUUGCAGUUUUAUUGCAGUCCCUGUCCAGUAUUAUUUAGUUAGUAAUUUGUGGGUAGUGGGACAAAACAUUGAACGUCUCUGUUUAAGGUACAAAAUAACCAUCAUUAAAGGUGUAAAGGAGUCGCUAAGAAAAUCCAUAAUACUACCCAUUUUGUGCAGUGUUAUAAUCUACCAUUAAAUAUCCAACUGAUGUUUGAUGGGUGGUAUUAUGGGUAUGUAACAGCUCCCUUGAACAUCCACAACCACGCUAUGCAAAAAUCACUGUCUGGUUUUCGUCAAAAAAAAAAAAAAAAAGACAGGAAAAGAGGUUCCGCUCUUUUUAGAAGAGAGCAGAAAUGCGUAAGGAAUGAGCUCAGAGCUUGUUUGGAUAUGCGAAAAACGAAAGUUGGAAGUGGGGCAUACAUCAGUAGAGACGUGGGCGUUGUUUCUCAUUCCCUUUGGCUCAAUCCUCAGUCAAGCGUAAAGGAAACAGCUUCUCAAUUUUCUCAUAACAGAAUUAGUUUAUGUCCAAGUGCAAUAUGAUUGACUACUGAAGUAGAUGUCUUCUCAUGUUUAGUUAUGUUGUGAUUUUUUUUACAGGUCUCAUUGGAUACCGUAUAUAGGCAGGUAUCCAAACCCCCUUAAACAUGUAUAACUGACCAAUGUAGUAUUCUCAUGCAUUCCUUUUCAUAUACUGUAUUACCUACCCAGUUAUUUAUUCCAUCCUAAUUAUGUCUGUUUUAUUCGAUGAACAUUGACUGAAUUGUGUCUUUUCAUUCUGGAUGUCCCCCAUGCAUUUUUUCUUGUCUUUUUUGUUGAUAUUUAGAGAAUUAUGGUCAUUUUGGUAAUAUACUACGGUAAACCUGAGAAUUUAUAAGGACAUUUUACAAAAACUCCAGCCAUAUAUGUUUCGACAUAAGUAUCACUGCAUAUGUGUGUAUGAAAGUGCACACUAAAAGUACAGUUAUCCCAUGAAAACACUACUUUUAGAAACCAAAGAUUAAAUGGAGUUUCUAAAACUGCAUUGACCAAAUAUAAGACUCCCCCAGAUGUACGGACCCUUUUUAAUCAAGGCUUUUUUUCCUACCAACCAAUCAGUUGGUAGAUUGAAAUAAGGGCUGCCGAAGAUAAAACUGUAAAACUUGAAAAUAUGUAUAACAUUGUGACAAUAACAUUGCAUUUGGGGUCUAAUGACAGUUUCUCAAGUACGUAAUUUACUACAUUCAAGCAAAAGUCAUGAUCCCAAAACUAGAAAAGGCAAUUUCAGUAAAAAUUGCGUAUGAAUGCUAAAAAGCCGAACCGAAUGCUUACAGUUAUCACUUGAGCCAGGUCCUGUCAAAUAACAAAAUAUCACUUUUAGUUGUAUACCGGUCAAAUGAUUAAAGAAAAAUCAGCUAGCAUGUUGUCAAGAUAGUGUCAAGUAACAAAAUAUUUGACGCUUCGGUGUAUACCUGCAAAACGAGCUAAAAGAGUUGGUGUGCUAACAUUAGUAUGUAUACAUAAAAUAAAAUAUUUGACUGAGGUGUGUACCUGCAAAAUGAUCUAAACAGCUCACAUGCUAAAAUUAACACGUAAACGUUAGCAUGUUAGUGAUUAAUUAGCUUUAGCAAGGAGCAUUGUGACUUAGGAAUAGUUUGAAUCAGUUGGGAAAUAGAAAAAAAAAAGGGAAUUUUUGGAAAAUGAAAUAAGGCUGUGUCAUUAUUGUGCCAAACAUUUAGUAGAAUGGUCUGAAUCAGAUUACAAAAGUGGACAGAAAUGUGUCACAAAAGGAAGAAAAAUGAAUACUGUAUGGGUGGCCCAAUAGCAUCAUCAUGUUUGCUAACUUGCAACCAACUAUUGAAACACUUUUUUUAAGCAACCUGCUAGCUUUCAUGCACAAAUUGCAAGAUAUUGACUAUAGAUUAGUAUACCAGUCUUUUUGAAAGUCUUAUGUUGGGUUCAAUGAGGUAUAUUCAGCGCAUUACUUUUUGUACGAUAUCCUUCUAAAUUCUCAUGACAGGCUCCAAAAGCCACUGUACAAAAACAUUCAUCUUUUGGUUUUAAAGGCAUAUCCCAGCAGGCACAUUCUGUAUUUACUUUCAGUUUUUGCUGUUUUUAUUACUGGCCACAUUAAACAGGAUUAUAUAUACCAUUUAGUAAUGUACAGUAACACUAUUUACAGUUGGGGAACGAGCCUAGUGUAUUCUUCCAAUGCUUAAGGAACUUCUAUACCGUCUUACAUAACAGGAAAUGUGUGUGUGGUUGCUCUCCAAUACAAUGUAUGACCUCCAUGAAUAAAUCUUUAUUCAGACUGCAACUGUGUUCGUAUAUCAAAAAAAGUCAAUAACUUUUUAAUAUUUUUUUUUUUAUUCAAAUAUAUUUGGAAUACACACAUCCCGUAUACCGUACUGUACAACAAAAGUUUCAACGUGUACACACCUGUAUUGUGACAGUGUAGCAUUUUCACCUCCAAAAGCUACAGUACUUCAGCAAUUAUGGCUGGUGUCAUUCGUCAAACAUGAGCUUCCCGCUAGUGACCCUGAACAGAGUGCGGAACUCAGCCAUCUGUGGCAAAUUGAGCUUUUAAAACGUCAAUCACAGCGAUCUCUGGCGUCAUCUAAACUCCUGACCAACAAAAGGCAAAACUAGUGGAAAAUUAACCAAGGUAAUAAUGAGGAGAGAUACAUGUCAAUAUACAGUAGGGCUUAAUAAAGCUCAACGUUUACCUCCUCAAAGCAUCAUCGACGACUGUAGGGAUGGGUGCCUUUCACAUUUGAACCAAUAUGGUACCAAUUUCAGGUACUUGGGAAUCAAUACUCAACGGUUCUUUUGUGUGUUCAUGAUUGUUAGUUUGUUUACUAAUGAAAUGUAUGUAUUUUUUUUUAUUUUAACAGUCAGCUGAUACAGAUAACUGCUGUCCAGUUAUGGCUUGGAUUUGUAC